CGGCCGGGAGUUCAGCUGUGUGCUGCGCGCCGGGUCCCGGAGCCGGCGGCCUGAGGGAUGGACGAGACGAGCCCACUAGUGUCCCCCGAGCGGGCUCAACCGCCCGACUACACCUUUCCGUCCGGCUCGGGCGCUCACUUUCCGCAGGUGCCGGGGGGCGCGAUCCGAGUGGCGGCGGCGGCGGCCGGUCCGAUCCCUUCUCCGCCGGGCUCGCCAGGCCAUGACCGGGAGCGGCAGCCACUGCUGGAUCGGGCCCGGGGUGCGGCGGCCCAGGGUCAAACCCAAACCGUGGCGGCUCAGGCCCAAGCCCUGGCCGCCCAGGCCGCGGUAGCUGCGCACGCCGCGCAGGCCCACCGGGAGCGGAACGAGUUUCCGGAGGACCCCGAGUUCGAGGCGGUGGUGCGACAGGCCGAGGUGGCCAUCGAGCGCUGCAUCUUCCCGGAGCGUAUCUACCAAGGCUCCAGCGGAAGCUACUUCGUCAAGGACCCUCAGGGGAAGAUCACUGCUGUUUUCAAACCCAAGAAUGAAGAGCCAUAUGGGCACCUUAAUCCUAAGUGGACCAAGUGGCUGCAGAAGCUGUGCUGUCCCUGCUGCUUUGGCCGUGAUUGCCUUGUCCUCAACCAGGGCUAUCUCUCAGAGGCAGGGGCCAGCCUCGUGGACCAAAAACUGGAACUCAACAUUGUACCCCGUACCAAGGUAGUACAUCUGGCCAGUGAGACCUUCAACUAUAGUGCCAUUGACCGAGUGAAGUCCAGGGGCAAGCGGCUUGCACUAGAGAAAGUGCCAAAAGUUGGGCAGCGGUUUAACCGCAUCGGGCUACCACCAAAGGUUGGUUCAUUCCAGCUCUUUGUUGAAGGCUAUAAAGAUGCAGACUACUGGCUACGGCGUUUUGAAGCAGAACCUCUCCCUGAGAACACUAACCGGCAACUACUGCUGCAGUUUGAGCGGUUGGUGGUGCUGGAUUACAUUAUUCGCAACACUGAUCGUGGCAAUGACAACUGGCUGAUUAAAUAUGACUGUCCAAUGGAUAGUUCUAGCUCUCGGGACACAGACUGGGUAAUGGUGAAGGAGCCUGUUAUCAAGGUGGCUGCCAUUGACAAUGGGUUGGCUUUCCCCCUGAAGCAUCCUGACUCCUGGAGGGCAUAUCCUUUUUACUGGGCCUGGUUGCCCCAGGCAAAAGUCCCAUUCUCUCAGGAGAUCAAAGAUCUGAUUCUUCCAAAGAUAUCGGACCCUAACUUCGUCAAGGACUUGGAGGAGGACCUAUAUGAACUCUUCAAGAAGGAUCCUGGUUUUGACAGAGGCCAGUUCCAUAAGCAGAUUGCUGUCAUGCGGGGACAGAUCCUAAAUCUGACUCAGGCCUUGAAAGACAACAAGAGUCCCCUGCACCUGGUCCAGAUGCCACCCGUGAUUGUUGAGACGGCCCGUUCCCACCAGCGGUCUUCUAGCGAGUCCUAUACACAGAGCUUUCAGAGUCGGAAGCCCUUCUUUUCGUGGUGGUAGCGCGAGAGGCAGAAAAGGGCGCAUUGCCUGAGACUUGGGCUGGGAGGAAGCCUGGGGAGCGGGUUGCAGGAAAAGCCAGAGAAACCAACAGAGAGCAGUGCUCUUGAGAGCCCUCCCUCUCUGUUCACCAACCCCCUCAGGGCUUUCCUAAGCGCAGGGAGAAGCACAGAGGGACAGUGAGUGCUGGUGGGCUCUCCUGAGUGCUGAGGAAGGCUGCAGCUCCAUGCAAGGAGUGCAGAUGCCCGGGAAGGAGCAUCUGCCUUCCAAUAUAUCCUAAGGGCAGGCUGGGAAAUUCCCUUUCCUCACUGACACCUUGCUCUGUUGCAAUUCCUCAUUAUAUUCUGCAUCAGAAACAAACAAAACAAAAAUUUAAAUUAUUAGCAAAACCCAGGCAGAAUCCCAGAUUCUUUCAUAUCAGAAACCUCGAAUCCACACCUAGAUUUGCAUGGACCCAGACAUUCAGGUGCCUCGAAGUUCCUCACUCCCAUGGACCAAGGCAGCUGGAUGACUUGUGGUGCUGGGGCACACAGAAGCCACACCUUUCCUUUGAGAUUUUGCCAAGUCUUCUCCUCCUACCAGUGCAGUAGACUGACCAAAAGCCUCCAAAUGCAAUUUGUAUGGUGGGGGUACUUUUGCUCUAGACUUCCUAGCAAUUUGGUAUAUGACCCUAUAGAUCAGCUCUGCUCUCUGCCCUCCUAGGGACCCAACCUCUCUAAUGCAAGCCUGCAGCUUGCCUGUCACUCAGGAAAAGGCAAGAGGGAGGAUAUGGACUCCCCAGCAUGGACAACUGAUUUAUGUAGCCUGAGUGUAUGCUGGGAUCAAUAAGGGGUCUAUGGGCAAACUUACCCCAGCCUUGCUUCCUGAGUCCUUGGCCCUAGCACAGGUGAUAAACUUUUCCAGUCCUCUAAUUUGUUCCUGUUAUUUUAAAUGUUCCUUUUCUCAACUCUUUGACUUAGUUCAGUUUGGGUUCUGGAGUGGGUCUCAGCUCAUAAGAGGACAGGAUACUAUGUCUUUGGCCGCCUUUUUAUGCUACCACUGCUGCUUGGUGGAGGUAACAGGACUUGAAUUCAGCCUCCUAAUUGGUAGCUGCCCUUUGGUCCCUGACUUCUUGUUUCAUGCCAGUUUUUCCAUGGAUUCUUAAGAAAGGUGGGGCCCAAAGGAGAGAGGCCUUCAAACUGUUCCCCAGUGCCUGUCCAGCUCAGUGCGCUUCCUGCUUCCAUGUCUCUUUUCCCUCAGCUAUCCCCUUGCCAGGUGUCCAAGCCCAUUCUACACCAAAGCAAAGAAUGGCCUCAUGAGAGAGUAAAGAGGGUGCCAUCUGUGGCUCAGGAGCAGCCCUAUGCUACUGGACACCACGUUUCUGGAACCCUGCGAUUGGUCAAUCAGCCUUGGAAAAAAAACUAUCUUGAAGGUUUGAUAAACAACCAAAGAAAGGGAGCGAGGACUAUGGCUUGUGCCCUCUGUUUGCCCAGCUCCCGCAAUCCAGGAGGCAGAGUAGAGAUGUACAGCCCUCUUGUCAGCUGGGCCAGGCUGCCCUUCCAUUCCAGCCCCCAGGAGCCAGCUUAUCUUGGGCUUCCAUCCAGCUAAGGGGGAGAGCCUCUGGGAGCUGGAUGUGCAUGCCCUGAGGAUGAAGGCACAGCUCCCCUGCUGGCCCCAGCCCUGACAAUCCCAGUCAGCCAACCUGGAGACACUAGCCUUGGGGACCAUGUUUGCAAGAAUGUCUGCCCUCAGACCACAGGAGCAGCAGGGCUCCCAGAGGCUGGAAGGGGACCCAGGUGGUUUAGCUCUGCAUAUAGACAUCUUUAUACAAACAUGUGGUAAAGCUCUCCACCUGGUCAUCAAGAGAGCCUGAGGAGUCUAAAGAGGAACCUUAUUGCUCCCUCAACCAAGCAGAUCUGCACAUAGCCCUCAUCCAGACCAGCUCUGUGAGAAGGAAACUGGGCCAAUGUAAGAGGGGGCUGGUCCCAGUCCUGGCAAGUGAAAAGAGUGGGAGGGGCAUCCCUUUCUGGCCUGUCUCUGUUCUCUUUGAAGCCUGUACUCAGGUUGCCUUGAAUGUGGACUUUGGGAGAACCAGGGGCCCAGAGUGCCAGGGCAGGCUUCUGGGUGGCACUCAUGGAAUGGCCCAGCCCUCUGCCAGCCAUAGGCCCUGUUCCCUAGUGUCAGGGAGUAGAGGCUGGGCUGUGAGAGUCCUGCUGCCUCUUAUUGUACUUCUAAUGCACUGUAGAAAUUGUAUGUAAUAUAUUUAAAUCAAUGCAAAUGUAUGAAUAACAAGUCCAGUUCUGACCUUU